AUGUGUUGCGCAACGAAAACUGAUGAUACCUGUGAAACUACAACAAUACUAAUAAAUAAAUACAGCAACUUCAAGCGCGUAACCCGAGUACUCGCUUGGAUACUGCGAUUCACGCGAGCGUUGCAUAAGAAAAGCAAAAUAAUGAACACAACUAAUUAUAACUUAACCAACUGCGAAGAACAACAUGAGAAAAGGGAGGUUCUCAAUUUAACAUUUCAAGAAAUAUUAGAAGCUGGCGAGAUGGUUAUUCACAACGUCCAACGACAACAUUUCAACGCAGAAAUGGAGUGUUUGAAGAAGAAUAUGACUGUAUCCACGAAGAGCAGCCUGCUGAAACUUACACCUUUUCUCGACGAAAAAGGACUACUGCGAGUAAGGGGACGACUGAUUCACUCAACUUUGCCGCCGGCAUCAAAACAUCCAGUUAUCCUUCCUGCGUCGGGAAGAUUAACGGAGCUUAUAAUACAAGAGGCUCACCACGACACUCUGCAUGGUGGUGCACGACUCACGUUGGCACACUUACGCCAGAAAUACUGGAUAAUUGGUGGGAAUCGAACGGUGAAGAAACAGCUGCGACAAUGUAUAAAAUGUCAUCGUUUUAAACCGCACCGCAAUGAACAAUUAAUGGCGGACUUGCCGAAAGAACGAGUCACUCCUACUAGACCGUUUACAAACACUGGAGUAGACUUUACAGGUCAUGUAGACAUAAAGAUUAACAAAGGUCGAGGAGUUAAAACUUGUAAAGCUUACAUCGCUAUCUUCAUCUGUAUGGUUACAAAGGCCGUCCAUUUGGAAUUAGUUUCUGAUUUGACCACACAGACUUUUCUCGCGGCCUUCAAGAGGAUGUGUGCACGAAGAGGAACUCCAAAACACAUGUUUUCGGACAAUGGCACGAACUUCGUCGGUGCAGCGAAAAUUUUACAUGAAGAUUUCGAACGAAACAAGACAUUUCAAACGUCGUUAUUUUCCGAUGAAUUGACCCACUUACAAGUGCAGUGA